CUUGGCAAUCCAAGACACUGGCGAUUGCGUCGACUUUGUCGUGUGCUUUUGGGACAUCUCAUGCUCGCACCGAUCGCAUUCGCCUUGCCAACGGAUCAGUUUCGGUGGGCAUUACUCCCAUGGUCUCCAGAGAUGUCUAGUCCUUGACCACCGGGCUCAAGAGUGUAUAAGGCUUGGAUCCCGACGACGAUUCUUGCCGUCUGAGCACCCUUCCCUCUUUACGCAAUCCAGGCAACCCUGCCCAUUUUCUUCUUGUAGCUCGUUUCCCAUUUGUCGUCAGGCUCAACAUGGCAACUGGUGUCAGGACAUCACGCGCACAGACACCUGCGUUUCCAGUGGCUAUAAAGCCAGCGCAAUCACGCAUCUCACGCACUUCAUCCAUGUCCUCACGCGCCGUGUCUGAAUCCAUCCUUUCAUCGAGCAGACCACGUUCAUCUUCACUCUUGACGGCCGGCCCGUUGAGCGCCCCAUCACGCAGCCCAUCGCCUAGCACAGCAUUCCUGCAGGAAAUCGAUGUGUGGAUGGAUAACAUGGUAGAGAUGUUGAGGGCUCUGGAAGAACAGCACAGUCGGCUCCAAAUUCAGCUGGGAAGGGAGGGCAGCACCCCGAUGUUGACAACCAGACACAAAACCAUCAAUGGUCUGUUCUCUCUGUCAGUUUUUCUAAUCGCCUGACCCAUCACAGGUCUUCCCACUCGACCGGAUUCACGUAUCCUGAAAUCGAGAUGACGGAUUUGUUGUAUCUUGUAUUUGCUGUGUACUAUCUUGUAAGGAUUUGUAUAGACUGUCUCACAUUGCUUCACACCAUGAACCCUUCGACCGUUGUCUUCGCUAAAGGUGUCGCUGACGUCGGAAUCGGUCUGAUUCUCUUUUGGAAACCGGUAUUGUUGUAUGAGUCGUCGGCAACGAAAGCACUGUCGGCGCUGACUGGUCUGGGUAUGACCAACUCGUCUAUCGCGCCUGGCUUCAAUCAUUCGAUUGCCUGUUUGGUUGCAUCUGUCGGCCUGGGUAGUGUCGUCGCUGCUCGUUCAGGGCCUGCUGCUUUACCUGCCAUUCUGGCAAUGACGUCGGCGUGCACUGUUCUCUCCCUCAUCACGUGCGCUUUUGCCCCGGUCGCUUGGGGUGUGGGUAGUGCCACCCUCUUGCUCGGUGGCCUGGUGAACGCAAUAUUCAGUCUCGGAUUGUAUCUCGCCGAACCACGUUUACUGCGCUUUUGAGCGGAUCUACUAUGUAUAAAUACGGGUUUGGUAUGAACUCUGUACUUACUUACCGUUUCGAAUUUCACCUUGCUAUCAACCUUCCUUACGAGUCAAGACGGAGUAAUCCGG